GCUUCGCCCCUCCCCCUCCUAAAACAGGAAUCUCUCCAAUUUUAGUCAUAGUGCUACUUACCUCCGGCUCGCACCAACACGGCACGUAACCCAAGCUGCUUCAGACUGUGAGCAACGUGCGCUGUCAACUCCGAGCCAUUGCCGCUCGCACACAGGUCCCCGUAUCCGACACGAGGUAACUGGGCCCCUAGUACCCGUAGUUCUACUAUUAGCAAUUAAGCUGGAUAACGCGGCGAUGUUUCCGCAGUGGCCGCUGCUCUGCUGCUGCCCCUGCUGCUGCCUCCUCUGGACCUACCGUCGCUGCACGCGCUCCAGCCAGGCUACCAGCGACCAAUGGCCGCACGCCACGUGUGCAGAGUUUCACGACGUGCCUCGCCUCUGCCACCUCCUCCGCGCCGUCUAUCAAAUGCGCCGCGCCGAGCCGCAUUUCAAAGGGCUCAUAGACGAGAAUUGCGUGGUUCGACGCGCGGGGUACGAGGACACCAAGGGGCGCUGCCCGCCUUACAUAAUCUACGUGGACCACGACGCGCGCGAUAUCUGCCUGGCGGUGCGCGGAUUAAACCCCUCGCAGAUCGCGGACUACGAGGUCCUGCUGGACAACAAGAAGGGCGCCGAGCGGUUGGACGGCGGGUUCGUGCACGGGGGCAUGGUGCGGGCGGCGGCGUGGCUGCUGGACCAGGAGAUGGGCACGCUGGCCAUGCUGGCGCGCUGCCACCCUGCGUACUCGCUCACGCUAACGGGGCACUCGCUGGGCAGCGGCGUGGUGGCCAUGGCGACGGUGAUACUGCAUGCCAGCAAGGGCGAGCUGGAGUUCAGCGCUGGGCGGCUGAGGUGCUUCUGCAUGGCGCCGGCGCGCUCCAUGUCGCUCAACCUCGCCCUCAAAUAUGCUGACGUCAUCAACUCCGUGGUGCUGCAGGCAUGUGGCCGGGACAGGGUUUCGGUUUUAGGGGCAUGUCUUGCCCUCCUUCUAUUCUGCUCAGCACACCUCUCCUCUCCUUUCCUCCCUGCUCACCCCGAGGCUCUGCCCCUCCACCGCGUGCCCCCCUCCCACCAUCCUGCGCCUCAGGAUGACUUUCUCGCCCGCACCUCAGCUCCGGUUCGGUCCGCACUUGCUGCCGGCUUCUGUCUGCCCUGCAUGCUGCUGUACAAGUACUAUCAGGACUCCCGCGUCUCCACGGCUGACAAGCUCAAGGACCCGCGCCGCCUCUACACGCCUGGCAGGCUCUUCCACGUGCUGUACCGCCCUCACAUGAGUGUGAAGACAGCAGUGCCGGUGGACCACCGCUUUGAGCGCCUGGUGCUGUCGCCGUCCUUAGUGUUGGACCACAUCAUCGGCCACAUGGAGAAGAAAUGCGCCCUCGCCCUCCAUGCCAUGGACUUGGAGCAGCAGGCGAGUCAGGCGCCCCCCGAGCAGCAGCGCAUGCAGCGCAGCAGGACGGCCAAGGAGCGGCGCGGCGAGCACCUGGAGGCGCUGGCCCGGGCGGUGUCGCUGCACGUGGCACAGGCCGUGGACCCCCUCACCAUGCCACACACCCCCACAGAUGAGGGCGCGGAGGAGGCGGAGGGGGAGGAGGAAAUGAGGGCAAAGGAGGGAACGCAGGGAGAGAACCCGGGGGGGGACAGGGGAGAGGGAGGGAAGGGAGGAGCCAAGGGCGAAGUGGGAGAGGUGGGUACGGAGCGGCAAGGGGAGGGGCAGGGUGCAGAGGGGGGCCUUGAAUUCGAGAGAGUGAAGGCGGAGGUGGGGAAGGUGGUGGAGGUGGUUGCGGGCAAGUGGAGUGCCAUAGUGGACGACCUGCUCGCCAAGGCAGCUGCAGAGGUCACCAGGGUGGCUCCGGGGCUGGCUGACGACAAUGCUAGCGAAUGGAGAUAAUGGGAUCGACAGCCUCUUACA